CAAUAUAUAAAGACAGGUUAUUAGGUUAGAGACGUAUUUCCAGAGGAACAUUCUAACAAUGAAGAUCCUGGGAGUUUUAUGCUUGGUGACAAUCGCAGGGUGUUCGAGUCUGCAUGGUGUGCAUCGUCAACCACUGCUCAAAAAAUUAAACACACUCUGGAUUGUGAACGGACAGAAUGCGUCUAUCCAGAACUAUCCCUGGCAGGCCUCUCUACAGGACACGGGCUCCCAUAACUGUGGGGCAGUGGUCAUCUCGGCCCGAAAAGCUGUCACUGCUGGACAUUGUAUAGGAGGCGGAGCACUCGAAAUCAGAGUAGGUUCGGAUCAGCAUUUGGAGGGCGGUAAACUUUUCAAAGUCUCCAAGGCAACCGUGCAUCCGGACUAUGGAAGUGGAGAAGGUACGUUCCCUAACGACAUAGCUGUGUUGGACUUUGACGAGGACAUUACUGGCGACAGUGGAGCCACUGCCGUGAAGAUGCCAGAUGCGUCCAGUGGUGAUUUCGCUGGACAGACAUGUACCAUCACAGGAUGGGGCCGCACCUCCGGAGGAGCACCCUUGCCGGAUGUUCUCCAGGAAGCCAAAACGACAGUGCUAAGUAACUCAGAUUGCGGAGACAUCUGGGGAGCCAGCAGUAUCAACGAUGGCCAUGUUUGCGUAUUUAACAACGACACUGGAGCAUGCAAUGGUGACAGUGGAGGACCUUUAACCUGUGAUGGUGUAUUGGUGGGAGUGACGUCAUGGGGCGCGGUUGGUUGUCCGAUCUCAUCCCCUAGUGUGUACACAAGAAUUACGCACUUCCUUAACUUUAUCAACGACUCAUAGUUGAAUAUAUUUUGUAAAAUUCAGAAAAGAAAACAAAAAAAAUAUUCUCAUGUU